AUGGCACCAUAUCGUACUCUAAGUCGUGUUCAGUUCGGAAUUUUAUCUCCUGAUGAAAUUCGACGAAUGUCGGUGACAAAUCCACCGAUUGAAUAUACUGAAUUAUUUGAAGAAGGAAAACCAAAAAUGCAAGGUCUGAUGGAUCCACGACAAGGUCCAGCAGAUCAUAAUUCGAGAUGUUGUACUUGUUCUGGUUCUUAUCUUGAAUGUCCAGGACAUUUUGGUCAUAUAGAAUGUCGGACCAAAGGUCAAAAACGUCGACGUCUUCCUUACAUAGUUGAUGUGUGUAAAAAUCAAAAGAUUUGCAAAGGAGAUUGUUCUGAUGAAAGUAAUGUAACAAAUGAAUCUUUCAAUGGUUGUGGACAAGUGCAACCAAUCUAUCGUCGAGCAGGCCUAGGCUUAACAAUUGAAUGGAAAGAAGGAGUUGAUGAAAAUCAGAAAGGUCAAACACAAUUAUCAGCUGAACGUGUUCUUGAAAUUUUCAAAUUAAUUUCGAAUACAACGUGUCAAAUUCUUGGUAUGAAUCCUCAGCAAUCACGUCCCGAAUGGAUGAUCCUUACUGUUUUACCUGUUCCUCCUAUAUGUGUACGUCCAUCAGUAUUACAAUACGGUGUAUCUCAUAGUCAAGAUGAUUUGACAUAUAACCUAGCAAAUAUCAUUAAAGCAAAUAAUAUUCUACGUCAAGAUGAACAAAUUGAAGUUUCUUCACAUAUUGUUGAUGAACAUUUACAAUAUCUUCAAUAUUCUUGUGCUACAUUAAUCAAUAAUGAUCUUCCUGGUAUGCCACAAUCAUGUCAAAAAAAUGGUAGACCAUUGAAAACUCUUUCAGCACGAUUAAAAGGUAAAGAAGGACGUAUCCGUGGAAAUCUCAUGGGUAAACGAGUCGAUUUCAGUGCUCGAACUGUAAUUACAGGUGAUCCUAAUAUAGCUAUUGAUCAAGUGGGUGUUCCACGAACAAUUGCACAGAAUUUAACUGUUCCAGAAAUUGUCACUCCAUUGAAUUCCGAAUGGUUACAUCAAUUAAUUCAAUGUAAUGGAGCAAAAUAUAUCAUUUUACACAAUGGAGAUCGUAUUGAUCUUCGUUUUAAUCGAAAACCAUCAGAUAUACAUCUACAAUAUGGAUAUACUGUUGAGCGAUGUAUGAUGGAUGAUGAUCUUGUUGUUCUUAAUCGUCAACCAACAUUACAUAAAAUGUCAAUGAUGUGUCAUCGUGUUAAAAUAUUACCAUGGUCAACAUUUCGUUUGAAUUUAAGUGUAACAACACCAUAUAAUGCUGAUUUUGAUGGUGAUGAAAUGAAUCUACAUUUACCACAAUCUAUCGAAGCUAAAGCUGAAUUAUCAGAAUUAAUGAGUGUUUCACGACUUCUAAUUACACCUCAAUCAAAUAGACCAGUUAUGGGUAUUGUACAAGAUGCAUUAACAGGAGUGGCAAAAAUGACUCGUCGUGAUGUUUUUCUUGAAAAACAUGAAUUUAUGAAUCUUUUAAUGUAUCUUCCCUCAUGGAAUGGUGAUAUUCCACAACCAGCUAUUCUCAAACCAAAACCAUUAUGGACAGGAAAACAAUUAUUCUCUUUAAUUCUUCCAAAAGAAGUCAAUUGUAUUCGAAUACAUGAGGAAAAUAAUAAGGAAAACGAUUUUGAAUGGGUUUCAUCAAAUGAUACAAACGUAUUAAUUGAAAAUGGUCAAUUACUAUCAGGUAUUUUAUGUAAAAAAACAUUAGGAGCAAGUGCUGGCUCAUUAGGACAUAUUGUUUUCAUGGAAUGCGGACAUGAAAUAGCUGGAAAAUUCUAUUCUCAUAUUCAAUUAAUUGUUAACAAUUGGUUGAUGAUCGAAGGACAUUCGAUUGGUAUUAAUGAUACAAUUACUGAUGAACAAACUUAUAAAAUUAUUCAAGAUACUAUAGAACAAUCUAGAUAUGAAGUCCAAGUAUUGAUUGAAAAAUUUUAUCGUAAUGAAAUAGAAAAUCAACCAGGCAAUUCAUUUCGACAAACCUUUGAAAAUAAGAUCAAUGAACAUUUGAACAAUGCUCGAAAAAAAACUGAACUAUUAACUCAAAAUUCUUUAUCAGAUUUUAACCAAUUCAAAGCUAUGGUUGUCAGUGGAGCAAAGGGUAAUCCAAUAAAUAUCUCACAAAUAAUUGCUUGUGUCGGUCAACAGAACGUCGAAGGUAAACGAAUUCCAUUCGGAUUCAAACAUCGUACAUUACCACAUUUUUUCAAAGAUGAUUAUGGUCCAGAAGCAAAAGGAUUUGUAAAAAAUUCCUAUUUCCAUGGUCUUACGCCAAGUGAAUUCUUUUUUCAUGCUAUGGGUGGUCGAGAAGGUCUUAUUGAUACAGCUAUUAAAACAGCUGAAACUGGAUAUAUUCAACGUCGUCUAGUUAAAGCAAUGGAAUCGAUUAUGGUUAAAUAUGAUGGUACAGUUCGUAAUCAAGAUGAACAAUUAAUUCAAUUUACAUAUGGUGAAGAUGGAUUAGCAGGAGAAAAUGUUGAAUUUCAAUCAAUUAUUUCAUUAAGAUCAUCCACUGGAGUAUUUGAAAAUAUAUGUAAAUUUGAUUUAUUAACAGAUAAAGAAGAUUUACAAGAAUUUCUUAAUGAUAAUAUUAUUCAUGAUCUUUUCUCGAAUGACAAUUCAUUAAAAAUCUUAAAUGAUGAAUGGUAUCAAUUAUGUGAAGAUCGAAAUCAUCUUCGAGAAAUUUUUCUUGAAAAUAAUGAUAAACCCAUAGUUUUACCAUGUAAUAUCGAACGAUUGAUUUAUAAUGCUCGAAAAAUAUUUAAAAUAUCGAAUCAAACUCAAUCAAAUCUUUCACCCAUUAAAAUUAUUCAAAAUCUAAAAGAUUUAAUUCAACGUUUAGUAGUUAUCAAAGGAAAUGAUCGUUUUUCACAAGAAGCUCAACAUAAUGCAACUAUGUUGAUGAAUAUUCUUUUACGUUCAUCACUUUGUUCACAACAAAUACUUCAAGUUCAUCAUUUAACUACGGAAGCAUUUGAUUGGUUAUGUGGACAAAUUGAAACACGUUUUCAACAAGCACAAGUUCAACCAGGUGAAAUGGUUGGUGUUCUAGCUGCACAAUCACUUGGUGAACCAGCUACCCAAAUGACGUUAAAUACAUUUCAUUUUGCUGGUGUAUCAGCUAAAAAUGUUACACUGGGUGUUCCUCGUCUCAAGGAAAUAAUUAAUCUUUCUAAAAAACCUAAAACACCUUCAAUGACUAUUUUUCUUAACAAUGAAAUAGCAAAUGAUAAACAAAAAUGUGAACAAAUCAUAUAUAAUAUUGAACAUUGUACAAUGAAAAAUAUUGUAAGUAAUACAAGUAUUUAUCAUGAUCCUAAUCCACGAGAAACAAUCAUUGGAGAAGAUCAAGAAUGGGUUCAUGACUAUUAUGAAAUGCCUAAUGAAAAUACAUCAAAUAUUUCUCAAUGGUUACUACGUAUAGAAUUUGAUCGAGAGAAAAUGAUUAAAAACAAUUUGACAAUGAAACAAAUAUCUGAAAAGCUUUCACAAUGUUUUCAUGACUCUUUACAUGUAAUUUUUACUGAUGAUAAUGCAGAAAAACUUGUUCUACAUAUUCGAACUACUGAUCGAAAUACAUGUGAGAACAAUGAAGAAGAUUCAAUUCGAAUGGAUGAUGAAGAAUUUCUUCGAUAUCUUGAAAUUACUUUACUUUCUGAUUUGACAUUACAAGGAAUUGAAUCAAUUUCUAAAGUUUAUAUUGUUAAAUCAAAAAAACGAUUUAUUAUUGAUUAUGAUGGUACAAUCAAAGCACUAGAAGAAUAUAGUCUAGUAUCUGAUGGAACAUCAUUAAAUAAAGUUCUUUCAUUGAAAGAUAUUGAUUAUCGUCGUACCUAUACUAAUGAUAUUAUAGAAAUCUUUAGUGUUCUUGGUAUUGAAGCUGCACGUAAAGCUAUUGAAAAUGAAAUGAAUUAUGUUCUUUCAUUUGGUGACUCUUAUGUUAAUUAUCGACAUUUGGCUUUAUUAUGUGAUGUUAUGACAACUAAAGGACAUUUAAUGUCUGUGACUCGACAUGGAAUUAAUCGAGAAAAUUUUAGUCCAAUAAUGAGAUCAUCAUUUGAAGAAACAGUUGAUGUUCUUAUGGAAGCAGCAGCUCAUGCAGAAUAUGAUCCAUUAAAAGGUGUUUCAGAAAGUAUUUUACUUGGUCAACUAGCUAAAAUUGGUACUGGUUCUUUUGAACUUCUUUUGAAUACUGAAAAAAGUGCUUCAGCUAUGGAAUUACCAAUAGAUGAUGUCGAUCAAGGAUUGAUGUCUGAAGAAGCUUUGAAAAAAUAUAAUCAACAUCGUUUAAAUACAUCAACACCUUGGAUAGGAUGUGUAGCAGCAACACCAGCCUAUCAAGCAGUAACUUCUCCAAGUUAUACGCCAUUAUCGCCACAUACAAAUUUUACUUAUUCAUCGAAUUCAUCAUCUUAUACACCAACUCUACCAUAUCAUGAUGGUUCAAGUUCACCUAAUAGAUAUGAAUUGAGAGCGAUGACUUACAGCUCAACAAGUCCAUCGUACACUUCAGUAGUUAGUCCUCCUGAUUCGACAAUACGGAGAACAACAUCGCCUUCCUAUUCAUCAGCUAGUCCUGCUUACAAUAUAACUUCUCCUUCGUAUUCAUCAACACAUUCAAAUCCAAGUUAUUCUCCAACAUCCCCAUCAUUUUCAUCGUAUUCUGCUUCAUCACCAUCGUAUACAUCACGUAACCAUUCUAUCUAUUCUUCAAAUACACCACAAUACAACAUAAAUUCACCAAUCUAUACUCCAUCUUAUCUAUCAUCUCCAUAUAGUAGAACAUCGCCUGCAUAUACUCCAAAUGUACCGUUAUCUCAUGAAAAUCAGUCGUCAGUUCAAUCACCAACAACACAUGAUAAUGAUAGUUUAACAGAUAAUGAUGAUUGGACGAACUAG